AUGUUCAAACCGAUAGGUAAGAUCUUAAGUAAUCCAAUGGCACAGAAUGAAGAAUCCAUCAAGUCACAAACCAAGUCUCCGGAUUCCCAUUUGCCUUGUGUUACAUGUCCCGACAACUCAAUUUCAUCUUUUGAUCUCCUCAACUCCUGCCGCCCUGCUGCCAUAUUCUUAAAAGCCACUGCAGACAGCCAAAAUCCACGUAAAUCGAUGACUCUGCCGAGUGUAAGUCCUCUUUCUACCUCCACCAUUAAACAACGCUGUCCGUCGCCACCUGACGGUGACAACGCCUCCUCGGCUGCCGCUGCUGCUGCUGCCUCUCUCAUCUCUCGACUGCCCUGUCAGCACUCUCCGACAACCAGCUCUAAGAUCCAAGCCGCUUUUGUGAUGGCCAUGGCUGCCUCCUCCCCACCCUCAACGUGUCCCAGUUCCUCAUCCUCAGGCCAUCAAGGCGAACACGGUACCAACGACUUCCGCUCGGACACUCAGUCAUCUCUUGGAGCCCUUUUCCGCCCACCUCCACCGACCGCCUACGAGACGGUGGACGGUGGAGGCAAUGGCGCCGGUGACAUAGGUUUUCCACCUGCUGGCUCGGGUACACUUCCGUCUUUCGUCCCCUUCACUAAUAGCUCGGGUGCCUCACCAGACAUCUCGGCUUCCACCUGCCUUACCAAUGCUAUGCUUUUCCCCGCCAGCAUUGUCAAUGUUCUUGGUCAACAGAUGCAAAGCAAUCAAUACCACCAGCCGCAGUCACCAGCAUACCUCUCGACAAUAAACACCAAUUCAGGGGGCGGUUUUUCUCAACAAUCGCAGCAACAACAAAGCGGUCCACAGGGCGGUGGUGGAGGAGGGGCUGGUAGUGGUGAGGUGCAAGCACCCCCAUCGCUGUUUCGGUCGGUGGCUGGCGCGAUUCCGCCACCUCAGCCUCCCCCCAUUCCUUCUGCCGCUGGAAGCACCGACACUGGUCGAUAUAGCACGCCCGGUCGCUCCGCUUCCGGUACUCUCCACGAAGACACAAACAACAAGCGAGAACAACGACUACUGAAGAACAGAGAGGCAGCGAGAGAAUGCCGUCGCAAGAAGAAGGAGUACGUGCGCUGUUUGGAGCGUCAGGUAGCCAUACUGCAAGAUCAAAACCGUCAGUUGAUCGAGGAAUUGCAGAAGAUGAAAGCGCUAUGUGCGGGCGCCUUUCUGGAUUCAGCCGUCCAACAGACACAAUUGCAGAACCCCCCGGGGCUCUCCAAUGAUCGAAGACUUGGUGGUGGUGGUGCUGGCAGCGAAGGAAGCGGGAUGGACUUUGUAGACUCUGCCCCAUCCGCUCCUUCGGCCGCCCACCACCAUCACCAUCCCCACCGCAAACCGCUGCCGCGUUUGCCCUCGCCCCACCCUACUGUCGCCACAUCUGACGCCAGUGGAGGCAACGCCAACAGUUUUCACGCUCCCUCGGAAAUGGAUGCCGACUCUUCCGCUUCCCGACCAGUCUCCAGUGAAUUGACCCUCCUCAAAUCGCCCGAUUUUCAGACUCAACAACGACUACUUCUACUUCACGGUCUUUCUGCGCUCAAGGAGGGUGGAGUUGGUGCUGCUGGCGGUGGUAGUAAUAGCGGAUUGAGGAAGAGCGAAGAAAACAAUUAUUCUAGCGGUGCAUGGAUGUCCUCUCUUACCGAGCAGAAACCGAAGUUCCCCGACGACGAGAUGGAUAAUCGGCCUCCCUCCUCCUCACCCCACAUCCACCCUGUCAAACGGGUUCUCAAGCGCUUCGGCAAUGAGCAGCAUCGAUUAUCACAACUCCAAAAACAACAACAACAGCAAACCUCCUCCCCCUCCCUCCUCUCCUCCUCCUCAUCCUCCUCUUAA